ACCCGUGUAGCCAGAGAUGGGGACCGAACCCGCAGAGCAGGUCUCCUGGGGCCCCUACUCCGGGGACGAUGAGGAGGCAUACUCGGCUGAGCCGUUGCCAGAACUCUGCUACAAGGCGGAUGUCCAGGCCUUCAGUCGGGCCUUCCAACCCAGUGUCUCCCUAACUGUGGCUGCGCUGGGUCUGGCCGGCAAUGGCCUGGUCCUGGCCACCCACCUGGCGGCCCGACGCGCUGCCCGCUCGCCCACCUCUGCCCACCUGCUCCAGCUGGCCCUGGCCGACCUUCUGCUGGCCCUGACCCUGCCCUUUGCCGCAGCCGGGGCUCUGCAGGGCUGGAGUCUGGGAAGUGUCACCUGCCGUGCCAUCUCGGGCCUCUACUCGGCCUCCUUCCAUGCCGGUUUCCUCUUCCUGGCCUGUAUCAGCGCCGACCGCUACGUGGCCAUCGCGCGGGCCCUCCCAGCUGGACGGAGGCCCUCCACGCCCGGCCGGGCACACUUGGUCUCAAUCAUGGUGUGGCUGCUGUCGCUGCUCCUGGCACUGCCUGCUCUCCUUUUCAGCCAGGACGGGCAGCGGGAAGGCCAGCGGCGCUGCCGACUCGUUUUCCCCGAGGGCCUGACGCAGACGGUGAAGGGGGCGAGCGCCGUGGCACAGGUGGUCCUGGGCUUCGCGCUGCCGCUGAGCGUCAUGGCGGCUUGCUACGCGCUCCUGGGCCGCACGUUGCUGGCCGCCAGGGGGCCCGAGCGCCGGCGCGCGCUGCGCGUCGUGGUGGCCCUGGUGGCGGCCUUCGUAGUGCUGCAGCUGCCCUACAGUCUCGCCCUGCUAUUGGAUACGGCUGACCUACUGGCUGCCCGCGAGCGGAGCUGCCCUGCCAGCAAGCGCAAGGAUCUGGCACUGCUGGUGACCGGGGGCUUGGCCCUUGCCCGCUGCGGCCUCAACCCCGUGCUUUACGCCUUUCUGGGCCUGCGCUUCCGCCAGGACCUGCGGAGGCUGCUACGGGGUGGGGGCUGCAGCCCAGGGCCUCACCCCCGCGGCCCCUGCCCCCGCCGGCCCCGCCUUUCUUCCUGUUCGGCUCCCACUGAGACCCACAGCGUCUCCUUCUGGGACAAUUAGGGCUGCGAAUCAAGAGGAUGGGGUGGGCUGAGGAAAUGAUUCCAGGGGGGGUAGUGGGUAAAGGAGAGUAGGUGGGGGAACACUGAGAAAGAGGUAGGGACCUAAAGGAAUUGCUUCUGUACUUUGCCACAUUAAAUUGAUAACGUGGGAAUGAAAUGCAACCCAA